AUGUCCUCCAAAGUCACUGUGCUCUUCCUCGGCGCUACCGGUUACAUCGGUGGCUCGGUGCUCGAACUGCUCCUCAAAGACCCGCGCUUCGAGGUUACGGCGCUCGUGCGCGACUCGGCGAAAGCCCGAGUGCUCACCGAGAAGUUCGGUGUGCGCACCGUCGCCGGCAGCCUGGUCGACAUUCAGCUCCUCACGGAGGAAGCUUCCAAGGCUGACGUCAUCAUCAAUACCGCAUCGUUAUGGAUGUUGCCGGCCAUCAAGGCGCUCCUGGCUGGUGCCAAAGCCAAGUUUGAGAAGACUGGCAAGAAGCCUAUUUUCAUACAUACGUCUGGAGCCGCAACCGUAGCCGGCGAGGACGUACGGGGUGAACCGGGCUCAGACAAGGUUACCGCCGACACAGAUGUUGAAGCCAUGACGCGUUCGUCUGGGAACGAGCCCACUGCCAACGACGAGAGCUCCGCCACUGUGUCCGAGGUUCCCACCAUGGCCGAUCUAUCAUUCGAGCACAUUCACGGCGUUGUUGAGGCGACAGUCCGGCGCGCAGCAGACGAAGGCGGCUACGUCCGCUCGUACGUCCUCCACCCACCGUGUGUCUGGGGCGUGCGCCGCGGCCCGCUCAUAGACGCGGGCGUGUCGAAAGUUCUGUCUCCGGCGCUUGAUGGCAUCGCACAGCUUAGCAUCGCCCGUGGGCAGAGCGCGCUCAUUGGGCGCGGUCUGAACAAGUGGGUACACGUGGAGGUUCAUGAGCAGGCCGACCUGUACAAGCACAUUCUUGACGCUGCUCUCGCGGACCCGAGCUUCCCCAGCGGCAAUGAGGGCACCUACUUCGCUGAGAACGGGACCUUUGUGCAACUCGAAGGCGCCCGUGCGCGUGCGCGGGCACUGCACGCCGCUGGGAAGAGCGAUACCGCUGAACCCAAAGCGCUUUCAAAAGAGGAGAUCGCGCAGAUGGGCCCAAUGGGCGAUAUGCUCGCUUUCAUUAACGGGUUGAACGUGGUGUGCCGCGGCGAACGGGGGCGCCAGUUGGGUUGGGCGCCAGUUCUUGGAACCGAUGCGUUCCUGGCGAGCGUGGAGGCUGAUAUGCAAACUCGCCUGAAGGUAUAA